AUGUUUUCAGUUAUUCUUAAAAACGCUUUUCAAAAAACGAGGUAUAAAAUAACUUCCCAUUUGAAUAGUCUAAAUUUAAAGGUGACUCAUAUUAGCAGCCAAAACUGUAACAAUUUGAAUAUCGAGAAAGACUAUUUUUACAUUAACCCGUUAAGAAAAUUAACAUGUAUUGGAUGUGGGGAAUUUUUACAAACUACAAAUGAAAAGAAAAGUGGUUACAUUCCUUUUAAUGUGUAUGAAAAAUAUAGCAAUGGCAGAAUCAAGUUUUAUACAAAGGUCAAGGGAGAAGAAGUAAGUUCAGUACCAGAUGGAGUAAAGGUUGAUGUAAAUAAUUUCCCAAAUUUUCGCAUUAAAACGAAAAUUGUUUUAUGUAAAAGGUGCUACAGAUUACAGCAUUAUAAAACGUCCGAUACACAAUGUGAAGUGGACACCAACAGAAUUGAAAAUAUUUUCAAGUGCAGGAAACAGUUACAGGAGGAGGUAAAGCAUUGUAAAAUCUCUAAAGUGAAUCAAGGAGAAAAAAAAAAAAACACGUUGAAUAUGAACACUAGCAAUACCAAACACUCAAACGGAAGUUUUGACGAAAAGGAAAAUUUUGACCAAAACCGAGAUCUUCAAUAUGAUACAAACGAUCAUCUAAUUUGUCAUAAAAAAAAUAACCCUUUCGUUAAAAGAAAGCUAAAUAAAUAUUUUGGACAACUCACGAAAAACAGAAUACAUAAAGAAGGGGAAGAUGAGUACAUGGAUGAAACGGAAAAAAUGACACGGGAUGUGGAAAAAAAUGCUAAAUGUGAAGAGAAUGAGAAUAGCACAAGUACGCAAGAAAAUAAUGACGCAAAAGAAGAUUGCAUGAAAAAAGAAGAAGAGAGAGUAAAAAAAAAUAUUCUGAUUAACGAAAUAGAGAAGAAAGAAGGAAAAAUGGGUGAGACCAUAGAUGCAAUGCCAUGCAAAGAGAGAUAUUAUCAGGACCCGUCAUACAACAUUGACCAAAGGAGCGUGAACAUUUACGAAAAGAAAGAUAUACUAAAAAAACGAAAUGAUAUGAAAAAAUUAGAUGUAGAAAAAAUGCAAGUAAGCACAGCAAAAUAUGUACAAGGGGACAGAAAUCAUAUAAUGAACAAUUUAAUAAAAAAAAUGAAAAGAAAAUCGCUAGUAUUGUACCUAAUCGAUAUAACAAAUAUAGAAAAUACAAUACUUCCAGAAUUGUACAUAGGAUGUAAAAAUAAAGAUAUUAAUAUCAUAUGGCUAGUAAAUAAAGUUGACUGUUUACCUAAAUCAACGAAUCUAGAAAUAGUAAAGAUUUGGUUUCGUAAUUUAGUAAGACAAAUAAAAAAUGCUCAUAUAAAUGAUUUAAUAUUUAUAUCAGCAUUAAAAUUUUAUAAUUAUAAUAUGUUAGAAGAAAGAAUGAAGUAUUAUGUUGAUUUAGAAAAAGGGACAGAUAUAUACAUUGUUGGUUGUGUAAAUGUAGGAAAAUCAUCCUUUGUUAAUUCUUUUUUAAAAUAUAUAAAUUAUAAGCAUAUAGGAGACAUAUAUAAUAAGAGAAAAAAAGGAGGAGUUACUACAUCUAAUAUUCCAUAUACUACUUUAAAUUAUAACAUAUUUCAAUUAAAAAAAAAUAUUAAAAUUAUCGAUACAGUUGGGAUACCAACAAAAUAUCAGUAUUCUUCUAUACUUUAUAAAGAUAUUGAUUUAAAUAGUAUUUGUAUAAACAAAAGAAUUCAACCAUUUACAUACAAAUUAAAAGAAGAUUCAUCUAUUAUAUUAGGUAGUUUAUGUUAUAUAAACUUAAUAUAUGGAGAUUUUUCUCUUUUAACAUUUUAUAUCUCUAAUAAGGUUACUAUUCAUAUGUGUAAAAGUGAAAAGGUUGAAGAAUUCUUAAAUAAAAAAAAAUGCUCUUUUUUAUACCCACCACAUAUUAAAACAGAUUUUGAUUUGUUAAAACCAUUUGUAAAACAUACUGUUAAAAUGUAUGGAAAAGAUUUUGAAAGUGUCGAUGAUAUUGUUAUAUCUGAUUUAUGUUGGUUUUCUCUAACUGGAAGAGGUGUAAAGAUACUCGAAAUAUAUGCUCCUAAAAAUAUUAAAAUUUAUAGACGACCAUCAAUGAUUAAUGAUGCAAUUAAGCAUACCCAAGUGGACGUAUUCAAAUAUAAAUCUUAUAGAGGAAGAACUGCUAAAGUUUUACGAAAAAAAAAGAAACUCAUUGAGCAGCUAGAUCGGAUAAAUCCAAGUAGACGACAAGAAAUGAAAAAUAUUACCUUACAGAGUGAAAACGAACAACUACACAAUUUGCACAUGUUUAACGACUCAUGUUUGGACUCCACUACUUCACCCACAUCUACCACAAGCACUACAUCGGCUUCUCUCAUUGAAGAUAAAAAAGAUCUGGAAAGCAUUAUCCAUUACUUGUGA